AUGAAUUAAGCCUCAAGUUCUCACUCCAGAAACCUUUAUAAUUAUAAUGGAAGUGCCUAUUCAACAGACAGCAUGAGAGUGUAUAGUAAAUCUCCUAAAAAUGCGUAAUAAUACAAUAAUCGAUAUUAACCCUGUAUUUAUUCCACAAUGAGCAAUAUUUAAAACUUACAAUCUCUCAAAAACCAAAUAUCUUAAUUAUAAUCUGUUUUAACUCAAUAACAUCGAAAAAGUAGUUUCACAAGAUCUAAAGCAGACUCCUCAGCAAAUAUUUCAAAUGAUAGAUCCUUCUACACCAUGAUUAAGGAAUAGCUGAAAUAGGUGAACAAUUUAUAAACCCUUGAAAAAGAUCAGAACAAUUAAAAUAUCAAUCAAACUACUCAAUAACCAAAAAAGGAUUAAGUAAUAAACAAUAAGAAGUUCGAACAAGAUACAGAAAAACAGUCUAAAAACAUUACUCCUUAAGGUAGUGCUGUGAAGAAUGCAAGCAUCCUAAAAGAUACCACAAAUAAUGUGAUUAAGAGUGAAAAAUAAUAAGCAUUAAGGCAAUUGCUAUAUCCAGUGAGUGAAACUAAAGGAGAAAGAAAUACAAGGACAAAUAAUACAUUAGAAGAGUAGCUUCGAGUGAGACUUCAAGAAAAGUUGACUUAUUUGGAAUAGAAUAAAUAAGAUAAAAUGACUAAAUUGGUUUAAGAAUUUAAGAAUUCAAAGAAAUUAUUAGAGGAAGACUAUUAGAAUUAGGUUUAGAAUGAGAUUUAAAUUUUUGAAAGGAAACUCAGAAAAUUGAUGAUGUCAUAAAAUAAGGAUAAGAAGCUAAAAAGACUUAAAAAAAGUAGUUUGUUAUUGAAUUCUAAAUUAAAUCAAGAGUCACCUUGUAUGGUAUUGUUUGCAAUAAUUUGA